AUGGAGAUGCCAGUCCUAAACAGAAUAGGCGAUUUCGAAGCGGGCAUAAGCUCUCUCCAAGACCCGUCUUUUCUCUCUCAGUUUCUUUCGUUCUCCGUCAGGACGAUUUCGCAGGCCUACAGUUUCUGGAAAUGGGGUGCUCUGAUCCUCGCCCUCGUCGCUUCUUUCGGCACCCUAAUCAACCGAAUCAGAUUCCUCAUCAUCAAGUACCAGAACAACCUCGUCUCGGUGUCCCCGUCUCAGUCCCAGCCUUUUCUCAGGAGCUGCCUAGACGGUAGCGAGGAAGACGAUGCCUGCUCCUCCUCCUCCUGCUCUGCUCCUUCUUCGGAAACAGAGGAAGACGAAAUCGAGCUUACGAGCUCUGGAAUCUGGGGCUUCGAGAUCGGGGUGGACCCCGAAGGAGAAUCUACGGCUUCGUUCGGGGACGCGAUCUCCAUCACCGACUUGAACACGGGACAGAGACUGAGCUCGUUCUCAUCCGGCACGUCCGGGAUCCCGGCGCUUUCCGCCGCGCCGCUGCGGUCGCCGGCGGCGAUCGUGUCCGCCGGAGCGAGCGCCUCGGGGAACAUGGCGCUGAGGGUGUGGGACACGCGCGCCGGUCGCCGGGCGCCGGCGAUAAUCGCCGAGUGGGCCCCCCGGACGGCGGGCAACGUCGAGCGGGUCAACUGCGGCGGCGUGGAGAAGCUGUUCCUGGAAGCGGGCGGGGAGCUGGUGCUCGGAGACAUGAGGAAGGUCAGCUCGCCGCUGAAGAGGGUGACGGAGCCCGACGCGGAGACGUGGUGGGACGCCGACGCGGUCGUCGUCUCCGACGAGCUGGCGAGCGAGUCGAGGGCUGAGCGUGAGCGGUUCUGA